UUUCAAAAUAAAUGUCGACAAAUGUACAUACCAAUGCCAGUUUUUUUUCAAAUUUCACAAGGUUCUAUAACAAUAUUUCAUACGUCGAAAGAUAUAGGUAUCGACUUUUUUUCGUAAAUGUCACAAGGUUUUACACUGAAAUUUUUAUAUGUCGGAAGAUAUAAGUGCCAAUACUUCUUGUGUUGCAGGGUUUUAAAGGGAAAUUUUCAUAUGUCGACGAAGAUAUGGUUGGUGAAACUUUAAAUGUCACAAUAUUUUAAAUCGCCAUAUUCGUAUGUCAAAAAAUGUAAGUACUGUUUUUUGUUGUUGUUGUAAAUAUUGCAGUAACUUUUAGCGACACUAAUACAAUCGACACUUGGACAAAAUUAACCAGUUUUUUUUUUUUAUAAUUGUAAGCACAAGACUAUGACGACAUUUUAGCAUCUCCCAUCAACGUAUGAAAAUUUCGCAACUUCUUUUAUGGUGCAAAAUAUUUAUUGCAGAUGAGCUAAGCCGAGGCUACAGCAUUCCCUGAAGGGUGCGGAUAGUAUAACAACACUCAUAGUGUUGUUAUACUAACAACAAGAUUCAUUAAGGGUAAAAGGGUAAACUAACACAAAAUAGCAAAUUAAAAUUAAAUAAAUAGAUUCUCAAUCCCCAGCCUUCUCCUCUCCGUCUCUCGAUCUCUUCUCGCUGUUGCUGCCCGUGAGAAAUCUCUGCCUCCUCCUGAUCCCGUUUCCCACGCCGCUGUCCAGAAACCUCUUCGGUCGGAACUCGGAAGGCUCUUCCCACAGCUACGGAUCCAUGUGGAUGGCCCAAGCGUUGACCAUGAUUUCGCCUUCUUCGGGAUGGCAUACCCGCCGAUGGUACACGGAUGGAUGGCAAUCCUCCAGCGCCGACGGCAAUCCUCUUUCGGCCGCCCAAUUCUCUUCCGCCGCCACUCAAUCCUCCUCCAUCCAAGACGUAUCGUCCUCCUUCUGGCGCCGACGCCAAUUGAUUGAUUUCAAAGGCGCAAUCUUCAAUUCAAUUUUGUCUCCCCUCAAAUUCGCUAUUUAGGCUGUGUCAUCGAUGAUGAUUGGACUGACGACAAGAACAGAGACUGGAUCGCCGAAAAUGGCUAGAACAGAGUCUUCUCAGGCGAGGGCACUGCUGUAGCGUUCCGAGGAGUGGCCGAUGGCGAUUUCCAUCUACGGCGGCAGCGGGGAAGCAACUAGAUGGGAAGAACAAGUUGAAGCUAGGGUUCCAUGUAGUGUCCUCGACAAGAAAGCAAAAUGAAUGGUGGGAAGCAGGCUGAGGGAUUGGCGUCGGGCUGGCUGGCUGGUUGGGGAUGAACCCAGGCAGCGUGGUGGUUGCUUGUUGUUCCAAGAAAUGAGAAGAGAAGAGAAAGGUUUCCAAUUCUGUUGGUCGAUUGGGACAACAAAGAAGAAGAAUAAUAAUAAUAAUAAUGCAGGAGCAGUAGCAAGAGGAGGUCGUUGGAUGAUGGGUGUUUGUAUUGUGUUUGUGAAAGGCUGAAUUAGAGCUCUUGGUCUGAGUUAUGGUGCUUGGGUUAUGGCGUUAGCAUAGAUGGAGUUUCUAGUUUUGUUAUGGUUGGUAUGGAAAUGUGUGAAGCAGUGAUGGGUUUGCAUUUAGAAGGUGUAAUAAUUGACACUUUUGAUUGUUAAAUGCAGCGAUAUUGGUGGUUUAGAGUUGCUCGAUCUUGACAGUUUUGUUUUCAAUCCAAAAAGCAGUUGCAAAGGAACGCGAUACAAAUCCGGAUUACUUCAAACAAAUACUCUAUUUUGUUUGGUAAUUAUCUGAAUUUUUAUUGGGAAUUGAAAAAUGAGGAUUCUGGGUUGAUUCUUUUUUCCUAUUUAACAUGUAAAGGUUGUUCGAGAGACUAUGAAUCAUUGUGAAGGGGUUUUUAAUGUAUUUUAGUGUAUUAUUGUGUUUAUCGUAUGCAUUUAGGAGUUAUCGAUAUGCAGAUCACUAGUCUUUAAUAAAUACACCAGAAACCUCCUAAUGCAGACCACAAACGUGAUAAAAAAACCACAAAAAAGCAAACCAGAAACCUCCUAAUGCAUACCACAAAUUCCCUAAAACAAACCACAAACCUUACAAAGCAAACCACAACAUUUGCGAAAACACACCAGAAACCUCCUAAUGCAUAUCACAAACACAAAGCAAACCACACAAAAAAGCAAACCACAAGUCUUUCAUAUGUACACCAGAAACAUACUAAUGCAUACCAUACAAGUGAUAAAAAAAACCACAAAAAAGCAAACCAAAAACCUCUUAAUGCAAACCACAAAUCUCCUAAAACAAACCACAAACCUCACAAAGCAAACCACAACAUUUGCGAAAACACACCAGAAAUCUCCUAAUGCAAACCCCAAACACAGUAAAUCAAAUCACAAAAAAACAAACCAUAAAUGUCCUAAUGCAGACCAAAAAUAUAUUAAAACAAACCAGAAACCUCACAAAGCAAACCACAGAAUUUUAAAAAACACACCAGAAACCUCAUAAUUCAAACCACAAACACGUUAAAUCAAACCACAAAAACAAACCAGAAACCUCCUAAUGCAUACCACAAAUCUCCUAAAACAAACCAAAAACCCCACAAUGCAAAACACAAAUUUUUUGAAAGCAAACCAGAAUCUUCUCAAUGCAAACCAUAAACACGAUAAAGUAAACUAGAAACUUCUCAAUGCAAACCACAAACACAAUAAAGCAAACCACAAAAGGCAUACAAAAAUGUGUGAAACCAAACCAUAAAUCUCACAAUGUAGACCAUACAUCCGGUGGUCGUUGACCGUUGACCAACCUCCGAUGACCUUCAGUGACCGGAUUCCGGCGCCGAUAAGCAUAUUCCGGCCCGGUGACUAGAUUCCGAUGCCGGUAAGCAUAUUCUGACGCCGGUAAGCAUAUUCCGGCGACGGUGAGCAUAUUCCGAUGACAAAAAAGCAUAUUCCGGCGACAAAAAAGCAUAUUCCGGUGACCGGCGACCAUUUUCCGGCGACCGGUGGCAGACUUCCGACGACCAAAUUUUUGGGCAGAAAAUAAAAAAAAUUAUUAUUUUUAUUUUUUUAUUAUUUUUAUUUUUUUAUUAUUUAAACAUAUUUUUCAUAAUGACAAUUAUACCCCUGUUUUGAUUUUACACUAGGUCAACUCAACUAAUAAAAAGUCAUCACAUCUCUAGCUUCCUAUUGGUUGGGGACUAGUGUUGUUACAAUAACAACACAAUGGGUGUUGUUACAAUAACCGGUCCCAGCAUGAAGAUCGAGCCCAAGCGAUUCCAGGGCUCCAGGCCCAAUUGGUAAUUAAACAUAAUCAGGCGCAUAUACGAUGACCUGGGCCUUAAAGGGAAUCAGCCACAUCCCGUUGCUAUAUGCGACCGGCUACCCAUUAAAUGGCCACAUUCCCGUUGCUAUUAGUUUUAUAUGAUCCGCUAUCCUCUCUGCCAAGUCCAACAAUCAAAAUGCCAGUUUUAUGUCUUGUUUUGUCAUCUCUUAAACUACAGAUGGAAUAAUACAUAUUAAAAUCGGAAUGGAUCAUGAAUUUGAAACUCACUGGUAAACAAGGUCGGAAUAUCGAAAUCAUAUGUGAACGAUAUGAUGAUCAAAAGUAAAUACGGUCAACAUUUGGAGAUUUGCGAAAAACAUUUAAAAUCAUGUUGACUCUUCAAACUGCACCUCGGCCCCCUUGAGUAUGCGUCUUUGGCACAUAUAAGCAUGAAAAUUUUCGGGGUUCAUGAUCUCUAAACGGGGCAUAUAAGCUAGCCCGAUUUGAAAUUCACCACGAGGCAAAAAUAAGAAUUCAAAAUCUACGAUCCGCCUCCAAACAAGUUAUUACAACAUUUUUUCAUUCCAAAUCACAAAUAGAAGCUUUCAGAUCCAAAUGAACCCAAUCUAUAUAUUAAAACUCCCACAAACUAGAGACUAAUUGGAUUUCCAAACAGCAAUUUGUAACCUUUUAUGACCCAAAAAUAGUUAUUUUUCGAAACAAAGGAGGCUCCACGGUUUGAAAUCUAGCCAAGUGUGUCUGCCACUUCUCCAUUAUAAAAAAGAGUGUCUGCAAAUCUAGCUAGCUGCAAGUGCUAAAUGGUUGUCGGAGAUAUCGGGCAAAUGAAGUCUCUACAGCUUGCUAUAGGUCCAAUUGGUAAACAUAAUCAUGAGCUUACAAUAAAAUUGAGUAGGGAUUGUUUGUUAAGUAGACUUAAUCUCCAAAGGUGCUUUUUAACUUCUAAUCAUAGCCCAGUAAAAUGCCAUCGCGUAU